AUGAGCCGAUUCCUGAACGUGCUGCGCAGCUGGCUGGUGAUGGUGUCAGUCAUCGCAGCUGGGAACACCCUGCAGAGCUUCCGCGACCACAGCUUCCUCUCGGAGAAGCUGUACACCGCCAGCCCCGGGCUCGUGAACGGGCUCCAGGCUCGGACCUUCGGCGUCUGGACCCUGCUGUCAUCAGUGAUCCGCUGUCUCUGCGCCAUCGACAUCCGCAACAGGACCCUCUAUUACCUGACGCUCUUCACCUUCUUUCUGGCCCUUAUUCACUUCCUCUCCGAGGUCUUCGUUUACCGCACUGCAGCCUUGACAAUUGGAGUUAUGGCACCCCUCAUGGUAGCAAGUUUCUCUAUCUUGGGAAUGUUGAUCGGGCUGCAGUACCUGGAGGUAGAAGCACUGUCACAAAACAAGAAGAAAAACUGA